GAGAAAAAGGAAAAUCUCCCCUCCCGUCUCGUCGUCUCCUCCGCUCCUUGCGCCAUCUCGCGGCCGAACAGGGGAGAGGAGGGGAGGGGAUCCUGGUGAGGUCUCUGACGCGGAGCACAUGGACGCGGAGAUGGCGGCUCCUGCGCUUGCGGCAGCUCAUCUGCUGGACUCGCCCAUGAGGCCACAGGUGAGCAGAUACUACUCCAAGAAGAGGGGUAGCAGCCACAGCAGAAAUGGCAAGGAUGAUGCCAACCAUGACGAGUCCAAGAACCAAUCACCCGGCUUGCCCCUGAGCAGACAGAGCCUGUCCUCAUCUGCCACCCACACCUACCACACCGGAGGGUUCUACGAGAUCGACCACGAGAAGCUUCCCCCCAAAUCCCCAAUUCAUCUCAAGUCCAUACGCGUGGUAAAGGUGAGCGGCUACACAAGCCUGGACGUCACAGUGAGCUUCCCGUCCCUCCUGGCGCUGCGAAGCUUCUUCUCCUCCUCCCCACGGUCGUGCACUGGGCCGGAGCUCGACGAGCGCUUCGUCAUGAGCAGCAACCACGCGGCCCGCAUCCUGCGCCGUCGGGUGGCCGAGGAGGAGCUCGCGGGCGACGUGAUGCACCAGGACAGCUUCUGGCUCGUCAAGCCCUGCCUCUAUGACUUCUCCGCGUCGUCACCACAUGAUGUGCUGACCCCGUCGCCGCCGCCUGCCACAGCGCAGGCGAAGGCGCCGGCAGCCAGUUCCUGCCUUCUCGACACCUUGAAGUGCGACGGCGCCGGGUGGGGCGUGAGGCGCCGUGUCAGGUACAUUGGUCGCCACCACGAUGCUUCCAAGGAGGCCAGCGCUGCCAGCCUCGAUGGCUACAACACAGAGGUCAGCGUCCAGGAGGAGCAGCAGCAGCGACUGCGGCUUCGACUGCGGUUGCGACAACGCCGGGAGCAGGAAGACAACAAGAGCACUAGCAAUGGCAAGAGGAAGCGGGAGGAGGCAGAGAGCAGCAUGGACAAGAGCAGAGCCGCCAGGAAGAAGAAAGCCAAGACUUACAAGAGUCCCAAGAAGGUGGAGAAGAGGCGCGUCGUGGAGGCUAAAGACGGCGACCCUCGGCGCGGCAAGGACCGGUGGUCGGCCGAGCGGUACGCAGCGGCGGAGAGGAGCCUGCUGGAUAUAAUGCGCUCCCAUGGUGCCUGCUUCGGUGCGCCGGUGAUGCGGCAGGCUCUGCGGGAGGAAGCCCGCAAGCAUAUCGGUGACACCGGCCUCCUUGACCACCUGCUCAAGCACAUGGCCGGCAGGGUACCGGAAGGCAGCGCGGACCGGUUCCGUCGCCGGCACAAUGCGGAUGGUGCCAUGGAGUACUGGCUGGAGCCGGCGGAGCUUGCCGAGGUACGGCGGCUGGCUGGAGUGUCUGAUCCAUACUGGGUGCCGCCACCUGGGUGGAAGCCAGGUGAUGACGUGUCCGCAGUCGCCGGUGACCUCCUGGUCAAGAAGAAGGUGGAAGAGCUCGCUGAGGAGGUUGAUGGUGUAAAAAGGCACAUCGAGCAGCUCAGUUCUAAUUUGGUGCAGCUGGAGAAGGAAACAAAAUCUGAGGCAGAGCGAUCUUACAGCUCUAGGAAGGAGAAGUAUCAGAAGUUGAUGAAGGCAAAUGAAAAGCUCGAGAAACAGGUGUUAUCUAUGAAGGACAUGUAUGAGCAUCUGGUUCAGAAAAAGGGUAAGCUGAAGAAGGAGGUGCUGUCCUUGAAGGAUAAAUACAAGCUUGUGCUGGAGAAGAAUGAUAAACUGGAGGAACAGAUGGCUAGUCUCUCCAGCUCCUUCCUUUCUUUGAAGGAACAAUUGCUGCUGCCAAGAAAUGGAGAUAAUCUGAACAUGGAAAGGGAAAGGGUGGAAGUGACUUUGGGCAAGCAAGAAGGCCUUGUUCCCGGCGAACCACUGUAUGUUGAUGGUGGUGACCGGAUCAGCCAGCAAGCAGAUGCCACCGUCGUCCAAGUCGGCGAGAAGAGGACGGCGAGGAAGAGCAGCUUCCGCAUCUGCAAGCCACAGGGAACGUUCAUGUGGCCACACAUGGCGUCUGGCACGAGCAUGGCCAUCAGUGGGGGAGGCAGCAGCAGCUGCCCUGUCGCCUCCGGGCCAGAGCAGCUCCCUCGCAGCAGCAGCUGCCCCAGCAUUGGGCCUGGUGGCCUCCCGCCGUCGUCACGAGCCCCAGCCGAGGUGGUGGUCGCGUCGCCACUGGACGAGCACGUGGCGUUCCGCGGGGGCUUCAACACGCCGCCCUCGGCAUCGUCCACCAACGCCGCCGCUGCCGCCAAGCUGCCUCCCCUGCCCAGCCCGACGUCACCUCUCCAGACACGGGCCCUGUUCGCCGCUGGCUUCACUGUCCCGGCAUUACACAACUUCUCCGGCCUCACCUUACGCCAUGUGGACUCCUCGUCGCCGUCGUCCGCGCCAUGCGGUGCUAGGGAGAAGAUGGUGACCCUGUUCGAUGGAGACUGCCGGGGGAUCAGCGUCGUGGGCACCGAGCUGGCACUGGCCACUCCGUCCUACUGCUGAUCAAGUUCUUCCCUCCCCUUCUGCUUCGCCACCCGCCCCCAUAAUUAAUUAAUUAAUCACGGAACCAAAAGAUUUAUUCUAGUUUAAGGUAGAGAAAUGAUAACAUAAGAAGACAAUAACAACACACACACACACACACAAAAAUAUAAGAUAGAAGAGGAAGAGUUAUUUUUCUCGGUUACAAACUCAAAGUUGCAGUUUAGAACUUGGUAAGUAGAUGUUUCAGGCUGGUUGGUCAGUUAAUGGUUUGAGUCCCCAUGUCUGUACUGAUCGAUGUAAGCCUGACAAAUUUUGGUAGGCUGAUACUCUCCCUAGCCCUUCGCGUGACACAUUCGAAGUGGAAUGUGUCCAGUUUUCUGACGGGCUAGGUCCGCUAUUUUGUCCUGGAUACAUAUUCAUUAUUCAUCAUUGCCAUUGGUAGUAUAUAAUUUAAGAUCUGAUUCUAUUGCA